AUGCGUGGAAAGCUUGAUGUUGUCAUGACCUACAAGGAGAGCAGCAGCCAUGAAACUCUCUACGUUGUGUCUGGAGACUGUGCACCACUCCUCAGUUUCUCUGCAGCUUCCCGUCUAGGACUAGUCCAGAUCACGUAUAGUGUGGGAGACGUUACCAACAGACUGGAUCCGAGGAUGGCCUACCCAGACCUCUUCAAGGGAGUGGGCUGUCUAAAGGACUUCCAGGUGCACCCCCAUGUUGACCCCAGUGUUCAACCAGUAGCCCAACCUCACAGACGCAUUCCCUUCUCUAUGCGAAAGCCACUGGAAAAAGAGCUCGAAAGGCUACAGUCCCUUGGCAUAAUCGAAAAGACUGAAGGACCAACCCCCUGGGUAUGA